UUGAAAUAUGUGUUUGGUUUUACGCACAUGGAUUGUUAGAUAUUAAUGGAUACUAAAUAAUUUCAUGUCGCUAGAAUAAUAUAGAAUGAAGAAAUGGCAUCAAAGUUUAAUAUACAAAAAACGACGGCAAUGAUAAAGCCUACGCCAAGUAAAAAUGAACCUCACUUAUCGAAAUCACAACAAAGAAUAAAUAAAAAUGACCCUUCAAAAUCUGUUCAGAAACUUGGGAAAUAUGGAAGUAUGCAAAAUAGCAACCAUGGAACAGGUGAUGAAAAACAGAAACCUGGACAAAGACAAAAUAAUGGACAGACGUCGACAAUGCCAAACACUAUGUCAAAGUUUCAAGUAAUUUCCUCUAAAAGGGACGGAAGGGACGGAAAAGCAACUAAUAAUAUUUCAAAAUCUAUGCCGACUGGCCAGCUGAAGAGUAUACAAGGACUUCAAAAUGUCGUUCCGCCUGGACAGACAUCAAAAAUAAAAAAUAAUUUGUCGAAGUCUCAGAUAGUUCCACCUAAGAACAAACAAAUGGAUACAACAACAAAUAACCUCGUAAAAUCAAUGCCGGUUGCACAGCUGAAUAACGUAAAAGGACGCCAGGAUCUUGACAAAAAAUCUCAACAGAAAAGCUUAAAUAGACCACAACCGGAUGGACAAGUUUCAAAAAAUCAGACAGCACAAAGAUCUACUACAAAAACAGAGUCGAUUCAAACACAAGGACAAACAAAUGGUAUGCACCCUUUCAACCUGCAAAAAUCUGUUCAAGUCAGACAGAAAUCAGAUGACGCCCCAAAAUACCAACGCAAUCUCCCAAACAAUUCUCAAACGUCCAACCAAAAAAGUCUUCAAUCUUUCAAACUGCAAAACACUGUAAAUAAAGGUCAGCAAACCCAGGAUAAGGCUGGAAAUCUGGUAAGCAAUAAGAUGACAUCACAACCAAAUACACAGAAAUCAGUCAAUCAACAAAACAGGGUGCAACAAAAUUCGCAGAUUCUGGCAAAGCAGUCACAUUCUUUCCCAAACGUAACUCAAAAUGCUGAAAAAACUGGAAACCAGCAAAAUAAUUCACAAAAAGUUCAACUUAGACAGCAGAAACAGGGAAAUCAAGCAACUAAUUUACAGAAAACGCAAACCGAUACGCCGAAACCAGCCAAUAGGGCAAAUAAAUCGCAACCGAAUGGGCAAAUCAAAGGAAACCCGGCAGAUAUGGUGAAAAAAUCCAUGGAAAUUGGACAAAAUUCUGGUAAACAACAAAAUGAUAUAAAAAAAGGAAUGAAUCCGCUGAAACCUGCAAAUUCCGGAAAAUCUAUUCAAAAUUAUGGAAACAUCGGAAGGUCUAAUCAAAAUGCUGUUGAUGCGGGAAAACCUGCUAAAAAUACAAAAAAGUCAAGUCAAAAUGCAGGGAUAUCGGAGAAACCUGACAAAACUACUAGUAAUACAGGAAGGUCCAGUCAAAUUGCUGGGAAUACGGGGAAACCUCAAAACACCGGAAAAAUGACGAGAGGACCGGGAGACAAGGAUAAAAAGAAAAAGAAACAGCUUGAAAGACGGAAUAAUCCGGUACGUCCUCAGAUAAUUGAAUACCCUGCAGGAGUAACAACAAUAGCUCUACCUGAACUCCAGGUACUGUUAGACGAAAUAGAGGUAAUGAGAGGUGAUCGGAAUUACAGUGCACUGGUAGAAUUUUUAUCACAGUUGCUGCAAAAAGUACAAAAUCUGGAAACUGGAAACUACUCUAGAACGGAGAUAGAACUAUUUGUAAGACAAUUUCAGGAUUACAACGAGGGAUUUCAGUAUCGAAUGGAUUCAAAAUCCAGAGGUCAUGCCCUUAUUUUGACAAACUAUGAGUUUUAUCAAGUUCCCGGAGAUCCAUGGAGCUAUGAUUUCAAGGAUAGACCAGGAGCAGAAAUUGAUGCAGAUAAAAUGGAGAAAUUGUUAAUAGAAAUGGGGGUACUUAGUUACAAGAAGAGAUAA